AUGUCUGUACUAACAGCUCCCAUUGCAAAUGAUAGCUUGCUUUUCAAGCCUAUUAACGAAAGUCCCGAUGUAAAAGAAGAAUUGCAAAAAUCAUUAAUCCAAACAUCACCUUAUCUCGAAAGAUCUCACUGGCUAGAUAUAUCUGAUUAUGAUAUCCAAUAUAAGUUGUUGACUAUAGCUUUACAAAGUUUUAAGUCUCAGGGUGACUAUGCCAAUAAUAGUUACGUUGAUAGUUUUAACAUCAAAGAAAUCAUCGGGUUAGUUAAUUAUUAUAGUAGGCUGUUAAAUAUUGAACUACCUGAUUUUGAUGUAUACAUCGUUGGAUUCAGAUCAUGUUUAUUCCCAGAAAUUAGACAGUCAUCUGAAAAAAGAGAGAUUUUGGGCCAAGUAGAUAAAGCAUCUCAUGAAGAAGCUAAUCAGUCAGGUGGUCUUUUGAAGUAUUGGUACGGAAUUCCCAAUCUGGAAGGUAAGAAUUUGGCAACUUGUUGGUGGGUUUCUUCAUCCCAUGCAAAAUUCGGUGGUCGAGGUAAUAACCAUCGUGAAGGUGUUAAUCUUGUUAGAAACUGGUAUCAACUUUGGGAGAUUGAACAAUAUCACUUAAAUAUCACCAAGAAUGCCACAGAUUUUGCAGUUUCUAGAAUCAUGUGUGGCUGA